AUAUCUCUAAUAAUAAUAAUAAUAUCCUUAAAUCAAUCGUUUUUGUUUUUCUUUCAGAAACCUUAAAAACAACAAUAAUUGAAUUAAAUUUUGAAUAAUCUGUUUAGGGUUUCGUUUUUGCAACGAAACCCACAAAUAUGGAUUCAACUCGUCUCCACAUCUUGGAUAUUUACACUCGCUAUUGCGAAAUCACAUGGGAUGCGUAUAGUAUAGAAGGAGAUGCAAUAUAUAGGCCUGCAAACGAGUCGAAAAAAGCAAACUUAUAUAGGGAUGCAUUAUCCGGGCUUUUGCAGUUAGUCGAUUUAAAGGCGGACAAAAGUGACAGGAUGCUGGAAGAAGUGCCUAUGCUUAUGUCAAGGCUUCGUUUAAUGGCAGACUCUCAUGAGUUCUCCCGGUUUUAUAAUUUUGUGUUCUUCAUAUGCCGAGAAAAUGGUCAACGAAGCAUCACCGUUAGCAGGGCAAUCACGGCAUGGAAAUUAGUUUUGUUUGGAAGGUUCCGACUACUCAAUCAAUGGUGCAGUUUCGUUGAGAAAAAUCAGCGGCAUAAUAUCUCCGAGGACACAUGGAGGCAAGUUUUGGCUUUUAGUCGCUGUGUACAUGAAAAUCUUGAAGGAUAUGAUCCCGAAGGAGCUUGGCCUGUUCUGAUUGAUGACUUUGUCGACCAUAUGUAUAGGCUAAAGGGAUCUGAGGAUGCUCGUAGCUUCAGCUGCGGUUGUGAAGAUUCAGAAGCCCAACCGAUUGAUGACUCUCUCCCUGGUUUGAAAUUCUUUCCUGGUGUAAAGAGGAAGUAUGGUGAGGACUUGCAAGGCCAAGAAUUCGUUGAUAUUAGUGACACAAUGUAUAUUAAAAGAAGGCACACUGAUUUUGCCAAUAAAUUGGUGAACCAAGAUGGAUAUUUAUCGAGUAAUUCCAUAUAUGCUUGCACAGAAAACUUGAAAGAAGAUAGCCCAUUGGGUUCCUCCAAAUCUCUGUGUGCUAUAGAAGGGAGCCUUUCAAAAGGUUUUGCAGAGCUUUUCUCCGGGCUUUCUUGUUUACAGCGGGGAAACUAAAGUUCCCUAUACAUUGUAAUGUAAUUUAUUUAUUUUACUUGAAAGCCAUUGUAAUGUAAAUUCGAUUAGAUUAUUCUGGGUUGAUUGUAUGCGAAUAAAGAUGACAUCCACAUUCUUGAAAGUGAAAAACAUGAACUUUACACA